AUGGCAUCUCUCUUCUGUGAACGAAUAUCUGGACAGGUAAAGUUUCCUCUGCACAGCAAACUACCCAGUGAAGCUAGUUCAUCUGCUGCCAAGAUGGAGCCAGAAGCUAUUGGGUUCGAUAGGUUCACUUCCACCGCCUCCAGAGAUAUUCCUAUUGCUAUGAAUAAAAUGGGGUUCCUUCCUUCAGAGGAAGCGCACAUAAACUCCAGAGUUCGAGAUAGAGAAGACACUUUACAUAUUCCAACAAAAAGAAUAAAGAUCGAAGCAAACGAAGCAAGUCAAGACCCAGCAUCCAGAAGCCGGGAAGCAGGUAUCAGUACUGGUGCUCCCAUAUCUGUACCUUCACUACAGGCUGUGCUGUAUUCAUUCUUCUUUCAAUCAGCAAAGAAACUCUUUGCAACUCCUCGAUUUGACCCACAUAUCAUCAAGCUAGCUGGUGGUAUUCGAAGAUUGAUAUCAAAGUCCCAGCCUUGGGAUUUGUGGAUUCACAAAGAUCAGCGACUGGUAGUAAAGUGGUUUAUGACCGCGCAUACUGCGUUGCAUAAAGGUACCUUGAGUGAAUGUGAAAGAACCUGGGCUUUAGGUAUUGUUGCCGCGCUAGUCAAAUAUCUACGUCCAAUAACAACGGACAUUGUUCAAAGACUGAAGGAGGUCACUUGGAAGUAUCAUGUCUAUUUGGAGAUACAAGCCGCCCUUAGUAUGACAUACCUACACUUCUGUCAUAAACUUGAAUUUGAGGUCUCACUGACAGAGAGAUUCAAGUCGCUUUUGAUGACUUCCCAGCGUCACCCCACCAACAAAGCUUUAGAAGAAUGUUUUUCAAGAGCCAGACUGUUUAGAUCACAUGAUGAAAUUAGGGCAAGACACUUCCCAGAUAAAUGGGAUGGAAUUGAUAACUUUGUCUCUGGCUAUCUACUGAAUGUUAAAAUUCCUCAAGAAGACAUGAGCAUCAAGUACAUGAUCCAUAAGUUUGCCAGUUAUUUCAGGAAUAUUGAAAUCCCCAGCUGGGAAGGAACAUAUGCCAAGGCAAUAUUCAUUUAUCUCAUGAAUCAUUGGCAGGAUACAGAUGCAAGCUGUCUCAGCAGACUUAUGGAAUGGAUUGAAGCAGAUUUUGAUCUCUACAGAGAUCUUCAUCUGCCUUAUUUCAAGGCUGAUGUCAAAGCAAUUCUCAGUAACCCAGAAAUUCUCUCAAGGGGUAUAACAUAUGAUGAAUUGAUUGAUACUUCUAAACCAUUUAGAGCACCAAUAUUCAAGACAUUCUUGAGCUCCAGAGGAAAAGAAGAAUUCUCAGAUAGCACUCAGGGUGACAUGUACAAAUUGACAGUUAUUGCAUCUCUUAUUCAUCCAUCCUUAAAAGAAUUAGUUACCCAAGCAAUUGACCAAAACCCCAGUAUUAUCCAAAGACUAGCACCAGUUUGGUUGAAAAUGUAUCCAGACUUGUCAGUGAAAUCCUAUCACCUUUUUGACUACCACUAUAUUACAUUUCAAAAAAGGCCACAAUAUCUUGCCAGUGCCCAUAGGCAAUUGCUAUUAGAAAAAAUGUCUAGAUACUCCAAAACUAAAUCACUAGGAAAGUUUCUUCAGCUAAUUCCACUAAAUGGCUCCAAGCUUGAUCCAAGCUUGCAUAUGAUUAAAUUUUUUGAAGAUGCAACAGAUAUUGUUUUGGAGAGAUUGAAUAAGGAUAUCAGAUUUAGGGGACAGAUAUAUCACAGUAUAGGACAUGUGUUUGAGUCAACAAGGUUUAUCAAAAGAUUUCCACCAGUGAAUGAAUAUGUUCUGAUCUCUGAGCUUGAUCCUUUUUUGACAUCACUUAAUACAAUGAUAGCUCCUCAAUCAAUUUGGGCUCUUGGGGAAUUAAAAAACCCCAAGGACUUCAUCUCUUUGUGGGCCAAAAAGCCUGAACUUGUGACUUCAGUGGUCACACUUGGUGAUAUGCCUGACCCCAAAGUAGAGAGCUUGCAAUGGAUACAAGAGCAAGUGAAACCUUAG